AUGACUACCAUAAUCCCCCCACCAACCCUCAGCACCACAAACCUUGAGCCAGGGUGCCCCUUCACGAACCCGCGGAACCUGCACAGUGACCUCGCCCACACGCGCACGCAACCCAGCAUAGAAUUCAGUCCGAUCCUAAACGGCUACAUUAUAUCUCGCUACGACGACAUCCUCCGCGUCCUCGACAACCCUUCCGUCUUUGCCUCAAGGGGCGUGACCGUCCCAGACUUCCCCGACCCCGUCAAACCCAUCUUCGCAUCGCGCGUCCCGGAGGGCGGCACGCUCCUGGGAUGGGAUAAUCCAGACCAUGACAGAUUGCGCGCAAGCGUGGCCGGGUUCUUCAUCCCGCGGAAACUCGCUCGGUUCCAGCCGCUCAUGGCGCAGUUGGCGCACGAGCUUAUCGAUGGCUUUGUGCGCGAGGCGGAAGUCGAGAUCAAAUCGCGCUUCGCGCUUCCGCUCCCACUGAAGAUGAUUACCGCCAUUACGGGGCUGGAUCCCGCUCGGUGGAGGUGGAUUGGUCGGUGUCUUUCGCUCUUUGGUGGGAUUACCGAGGUUGAGGGCGAGGAGGAAUUGUCGAUUGAGCACAAGGUCCAAGACGUACUGGACCUACACGACUAUGUCGCGCGCAUUAUUCAAGAGCGCAAGCACGACCGGCGCGACGACCUGAUCAGCCACAUCUGGGACGUGCGCGACUCCGGCGCCGUGACCAUGACGGAUUUCGAGCAUCUCGCCAUGAUCCCCGGGUUGUUGCUGGCGGGCCACGAAACGACGACGAGUGUGCUUACGAUGGGUCUCUCGCACCUCUUGCACCAUGGACUUUGGGAGGAGGCGACGGCCGGCGAGGCGUCCAUCGCGGGAGCAAUCGAGGAGCUUCUGCGCUACGAGUCUGCGAUAACAGGGAUGCCGCGGGUUGUGAAGGAACCGACGACGCUGGGCGAUCGCACGCUCAACGUGGGCGACCGGGUUUUCCUCGCGUAUAGCUCGGGGAGCAGGGAUGAUGCUGUCUUUGAGUGUCCAGCGCAGCUGCAGCUGGGCCGCAAGUUUCCGAAGCAGCACCUUGGCUUCGGGCGAGGGAUGCAUGCCUGUCUGGGGGCGCCGCUGGCUCGGCUGCUGCUGAAGACGGAGAUGAUGGUCCUUCGCGAGCGGUUGCCGGGUCUCAGGCUUGUUACCCCGUAUGAGGAGAUUCGGUACGAGAAGGUGGGCGCAAGUCGCGGGGUCGAGGGCGUCGUUGUCGCGUGGGAUCUGCCGAAAAGCGAGUCGGGGCCUCGUGGGCUGGGUCAACGCAGGGUUGUCAGCUCGAGUGCGACCAUUGCUGGCAAGCAGAAGCCAGUCACGACGAUUCCGGCCGUUGUCAAGAAACUGAUACACUUAACAGACGAAAUCCUCGAGGUGACUAUCGCCGCCAAGUCCACGACCCGCACCCCUCUCCCCAGCUGGCAACCAGGCGCACACAUCGACAUUCUCAGUCCGCACGGCUACCGCCAAUACUCACUCUGCUCGAAUCCACUGGAUCUCAAUACCUGGACCGUAGCCAUCCGUAAGGAAGGCGACGGGUCCGGCGGCUCAAUAUGGUUCCACGGCAAUCUAGCCGCAGGCAAAGAGCUCACUGUGCGAGGACCAAGGAACCACUUCCGACUCCAGAGCAGCCAACGAUACGUGUUCAUCGCAGGCGGAAUUGGCAUCACGCCUAUCAAGCCCAUGCUGGAGGAAGCAAAGCGGCGGCAGGCAGAGUACAAGCUGGUAUACCUCGGUCGGUCACGGCGCACGAUGGCGUAUCACACCGAGCUGGGCCGUGAUCAUCCAGGGGCGGUUGAGAUAUGGGCCGUCGACGAGAAUGCGAAUGCGCGAUUCGACAUUCCAGCGCUUCUUGCGCAGCAGCAGGAAGGAACACAGGUCUACUGCUGCGGUCCUGAACGACUCGUGCUAGCCGUUGAAGACGAAUGCAGACGCAACCCGAAGAUCCAGCUACGCGUCGAGCGGUUCCAUGCCGCGACAACCGUCACCUUUCUGCCAAAUCGCUCCUUUGAUGUUGCUCUUCGCAAGAGUGGACGCACCCUUACAGUCCCUGCUGAAAAGACCUUGCUUGGCGUGCUCAAUGAGAAUGGAUGCGGCAUCAUGUCAACGUGCUCCAAGGGGACGUGUGGGACAUGUGAAGUUCGGGUUCUUGAGGGGGAGCCGGAGCAUAGGGAUUCGGUGUUGUCGCCGGAGGAGAGGAGCGAGAAUACGCUGAUGAUGCCGUGUGUGUCGCGCUGUCUCGGGGAGAGGUUGGUUUUGGAUCUGUGGUAA